AUGCUAACUGGCAAUAAUCAGGUUGCUUGCGAGGAGCUGAGGAGCAGCAGGCUUUUCCUAAAGCUUCUAGAAGCCGUCUUGAAAACUGGGAACCGUAUGAAUGUCGGAACAAACCGCGGCGACGCCCAUGCCUUCAAGCUCGCUCUCCUCAAAUUAGUUGACGUCAAAGGCACAGAUGGCAAGACAACCCUUCUUCACUUUGUCGUCCAAGAGAUCAUUCGAUCCGAGGGCUCCCGCCUUGCUUCCGCCUCUUCGUCAACAACCAAAACUCAACCAAACACACUUUAAGACGACAUCGAGUGCAAGAAACUCGGCCUUAAAGUGGUUGCCGGCCUUGGAAAUGAGCUCUCUGACGUCAAGAAGGCUGUCGCAAUGGACUCGGAUGUGCUCAGCAGCUACGUGUCAAAACUGGCCCUAGGAAUCGGGAAAAUAAGUGAAGUCCUUCGGCUAAACGAGCAACUGGGUUCAAAAGAGAACAGCAGGAUUAAAUUCCACGAGUCGAUGAACGGGUUCUUAAAAAAGGCCGAGGACGCGAUCAUAAAGGUUCAGGCUCAUGAGAGUGUGGCACUUUCUCUGGUGAAGGAGAUAAUCGAAUAUUUCCACGGAAACUCCGCCAGAGAGGAAGCUCACCUUUUUAGAAUUUUCAUGGUGGUGAGGGAUUUUCUCGCUAUUCUCGGUCAGGUGUGCAAGGAGGUUGGCAGGAUCAACGACCGAACAGUGGUCACAUCAAAUAGGCAACUUCCCGUGCCGGUGAACCCUAAUUUACUUCCGUUGUUCCCUCGCUUUACCGCAUUGAGACCCGGGAGCUCGGACGACGAGAGUUCGUCAUCGUCGUCAUGAUCAGGCAAAUCUUUUUCGCUUUAUAAUUUAUCUCAGGAGAACAGGAGUCGGAUGAAUUAUUCAUAUUUUUUGUACUUGUAUAAUAGGAAAUCUAAAAGAUUUUUGGAACUAGCAAAUCCUUUAUAUAUAUAUAUAUGUAUAUAUGAAUGAAAUCUACAUCAUAAGAAAAUAACUCGCGCAGGAAAUCAGUAUAUCGAUUCGUCUUUUGUAUAUUCAAUAAAAAGUUAUGUUCAUUUAA